AUGACGCUGCGGGGCGACGGGCGGCGGCCCGACGAGAAGCUGCAGGGCGACGGGCGGCAGCCCGACGAGAAGCUGCAGGGCGACGGGCGGCGGUCCGACGAGAAGCUGCAGGGCGACGGGCGGCGGCCCGACGAGGAGAAGAAGCUUGGCGCCGUCCCCAAGCCUCUUGAGGAAAGCGCCUUUUCCAUGGAGUGUGAGGAGUGGCCCCAAGGCGAGGAGUGGCUGCUACCAAUUUUCCUGAAGAUCCAAGUGCGCGUUUCUUUGGUCUGGGUAUUGUGGAGGAGAGUGGGAUGGGAGAGGAGGAGGGUGAAGCGACUAAGGAGGGUGAGGUGGCAGAGGAGGGUGAGCCGAGGCCAUCUGAGCAGGCAGAGAGAGCAGCGGGGACUGGCAGGGCUGGGAGGGGAAGAGGAAGGAGGAGGAGAUCUGGGAGGGGGGGUCGCAGCAGGAACGAUGAAAUGGUCACAGGGCAUGGGGAGGGGCAAGGCGAUUUUCAAGAUGCACCCACGUCCUCAUUGCCCACAGACCCAGUGCAGCCAGUGCAUGGAGUGCCUGAGCGCCUUUGUCCAACACAUCUCCUGUUGCGCUCUCAUUGCCAAUUUCGCCUAUCGCCCCAUUGAAGCCCUUUUCAACCGCUUUCUCGCGGCCUUUCCCCCCCAGGCCCCUGAGUUUGACCAUUUGCUGAAGGCGCUGCUGCUGCGGUCGCCCCUCAAUGUUGAGCAGAUGAAAUCAAUAAAUGUUUCAGCGGCUGCAGGCAUGAGGAGGGGUGUGAGUGGGAUGCGCCAAAGGGCAGAGCAGGUGCUUUGGCUACCUACAAAUUCAGGCAUGAGGGAGAGCGUGAUGCGUCACAAGGUGCAAGAGAUGCCUGUCUUCUUCUUGCUAGCCGUUGCCUUGUAUCAUGCCAAGGCCAUAACCAGACUCAUUGGCCCUGAGGAGGAAGUUGGUGAGAGUGGGGCGGAAGAGGAUUUGGGCAAUGAUAAGGAGGGAGAUGGGGAUGUGUGGCAGGAGGUGCGAUCAUGUGCAUCCGUUUCAGCCACUAAAGGCUCUGGUCCCUUCGCUGGUGGGGAACGUGCGUGCGGUGUUGCAGGGUGUGGGAUAGUGGAGGGUGGUGGUGUGAAGCUGAGAAGCUGUGGUGGGUGUGGAAAGGUGGCGUAUUGCAGCAGAGAGUGCCAAAAGGCGCACUGGCCCUCCCACAAGCUCACUUGCCCCGGCAGGACCAAUGGCAAGAAGAUUGGAAAGGAUGAGAGCAAGGAUGGCAGCGGCAACAGUGGCACGACGAUUAGCAAGGUGAGUGGGCAAGGUGGGUAG